AGAAACACCGAGCACACUGACUGCAAACACGGAAAUACAGAGAGAUAAGGAGCGCAUCCGCGUAGUUAGGCUGUAUCCCGAUUUUAACUGCAUGCACUUUAAGCAUCUGUGCAUAAAAACAGACUUUGCACGUGCAUCACAUAACCAGGUAGUGUAGUAGACUUUUAUUCUCUCCUUCUAUGGAUGUACUGCAGCUUCUGUCAUGGGCCUGCAUCGUGUUCACAGUCGGGAUGUUCUCCACUGGACUGACCGACCUGAAGAAGAUGAGAGAAUCCAAAAGUGCAGACAACAUCCAGUUUCUCCCUUUCCUCACCACAUGUCUUAAUAACCUGGGCUGGUUGUAUUAUGGGCUUCUGAAGAAAGACCAGACGAUUGUCCUAGUCAACGUUAUCGGAGCUAUCCUCCAGGUCCUCUACAUCAUGGUGUACCUGCACUACACAAAACAAAAGAGGGUGGUGAUGUGCCAGACCCUAGCGGCAGGGACGAUUCUGGCCUGCGGCGGGUUCUACUUCACCACGUUCCUUCCUGAGGGAGACUCUCGGCUCAGCCAGCUCGGUCUCACCUGCAGCGUGAUCACCGUCAGCAUGUACAUGUCCCCGCUCACCGACCUGGUAGCGAUAGUGCGUAGUGGCGACGUGAAGUGCUUGUCCUUCCCUCUGACUGUAGCCACCUUCUUCACUUCAACCUCCUGGGUGCUGUACGGCCUCCAGCUAAACGACUACUUUAUCGUGGUUCCAAACUCGCCGGGGAUCUUCACCAGCCUCGUCAGAUUUUAUCUGUUUCGGAGAUUUGCGUCUGUCAAUCAAAGCUCACCUGCCUAUAAGUCUAUGCAGAUAUGAGGUUAUGAAAAAGGGAAAGAGAUGACAGAUCUGUUAACUCCAUGGAGCACUGCAGCAAAGCUCUCCCAUCGCUCGUCUUGUGUUUUUUAAUCAUACAGAGAGACGGCGGAGAGAAACAAACUGUUGUCGGUCGACAGCACUGAUGACGUGGAGAUAAUGUUUCGUAUCUUGUCAUUUCUGGGAUGUCUAUCCGUUACUGAGUUAAGUGAAGAAGAAAAGUAUGAUGUCUUUGAUUCAACAGUUUUUGCAGCUAUUUGUUAAACCUGUGUCUCCUCUCCAAUGUGUCCUUCAAGUGCCUUCUGUUAGAUCCUGAUUGCCAUUAAAGAUUAAUGGCAUUUUACUGAUCUACCAACAUGUCGGGAGACUUGCAAUCUGUUCACAAUCCGGUGAAUUGGAUUCCUCAAUUCGUACUAGCCAAAGAUUUUGUGGAGUUGUAACUUGCUGGCUGCUAUUUUAAUAUAUAGAGCUCUCUUCCCUGGUACUCAUGUAUGGAAUAUUGUAGCAUAUAGUUUCAUAUCUGGUGAGGCAAUGAUGAUUUCAUAUCCCUUUAGAGUUGCUGCUCAUGCUUCUGUAUCACAGCGAAGACACAAUAUUGAGUCGUAACAGUGCCAGUAAGUUAUAUUUGUUUUUCUAUAUAUUUUAGGUCUGGGUGUUUUUGAUACAGAAUAUGUAUGUUGACAUAUGUCCAAUAUCAGAUAUUGUCUACUUAUAUUGUUAAUGCUAUUUUUUAUAAACAAUUGUAUAUGAGAUUAAAUGAAUAAGAAAAUAAAUUAACACUAUAGGGUUUGUUUACAAGAAUGAAUGCUGUUUAUUUCCCUGGUGGCUGGUUGUCCCUCUUGUCCCCUCAUUAUUAUCUGUAAUAAGGACAUAUGUUAUGCAAAUGAAACAGCCGAGUGUUAGUGCCGAUUCACUCACUUCUAAAGGAUGUAAAUACAUUUUUACCACAACCAUCAA